AUGGAUGAACCUUCUGCCCCUUUCACUGUCGUGUUCUGGCAGGUGCUGUCAGCCUGCCUCUUUGGCCCCUGGUUGCCUCUGACAGAGUACAGCCCUUCUCAGCAAUGGGAUGCAGUCUAUGCUGCCCCAGUUUGCCCUAGACCACCUGAAGUACCACUGGCUACCAUCAACAUAAAUAAGGAAGAAUACAGUCCUGGAGAAGAAAUUAUAUAUAGCUGUGACCUAGGUUAUAUUCCCCAGUCAGACUCAAUGAGUUAUACGUGUCCUUUAUCUGGUAUAUGGCCUAACAUUACAUUCAAAUGUAUACCAAAGAAAUGCCCCUAUCCUGGACCUUUGAACAAUGGACAGAUAUGCAUCACUGACCUCAACUACCUGAGUGUUAUAACAUUUUCAUCUGUGACUUAUUCUCCACCAAUUUCUGCAUCUGGAAUUCUCUCUUACCGUAAAAUUAAGCCUGGAAAUACAUUAUUUUUCCAAGAUAUGAUCAGAUUUGAAUGUCUGUUUCCUUUUACACUGUUGGGAAAUAAAACAGCUAUCUGUCAGGCUAAUGGGAGAUGGAGUGCAUUACCUACUGUAAAUGCAAACGUGAGUCCUAUGAAUAUAGUAUUGGGGGCUGGGAAUUCUGGAAUUGAAUUGGCAACGUAUCUUGAGACACCAUGUAAAAUACCAGUUAAAAGAGCAACCAUGUUAUACAAUGGACAGAAAAUAAAAGUGCAAGACCUUCUUAAGCCUAGAAUACUGCAUGCUGAGACCAUCUGGUUUUUCUGUGAAAGAAAGAAAGAGAAGUGCAGUGAUGAAGCACCUACUCAGUGCAAACAUGGCCAUAUUUCAGUCCCUAACUGCUUUGAAGGUAGGAACAUGUUUUUCUCAUUUGAUUAUCAUGGGAACAGAUGA